ACCCGACCCGGGAGGCUGGACCCGACCCGGGAGAGCUGAACCUGCGCGGCAGCCGAGCCGGAGCCUCCGCAGCCUCUUUCCAGAUUAGUCAGCAUGCUGCGCUUCCUGGUGCCCCGGCUGCUUUGUCUCCGAGGUAGGACAGCCCCAUACUCCUCAGCGGCCCUCCCAACCCCUAUCCGGAACCCGGACAUCCGCUACAACCAGCUGUUCAUCAACAAUGAGUGGCAUGAUGCGGUCAGCAAGAAGACCUUCCCCACGGUCAACCCCACCACGGGAGAGGUCAUCGGGCACGUGGCUGAAGGGGACCGGGCUGACGUGGAUCUCGCCGUGAAAGCGGCCCGAGAGGCCUUCCGCCUGGGAUCUCCAUGGCGCCGGAUGGAUGCCUCUGAGCGGGGCCGGCUGUUGAACCGCCUGGCUGACCUGGUGGAGCGGGAUCGUGUCUACUUGGCCUCACUGGAGACUUUGGACAAUGGGAAACCAUUCCAGGAGUCUUAUGUCUUGGACCUGGAUGAGCUCAUUAAGGUGUACCGCUACUUUGCUGGCUGGGCUGACAAGUGGCAUGGCAAGACCAUCCCCAUGGAUGGGGAGCAUUUCUGCUUCACCCGGCAUGAGCCUGUUGGCGUCUGUGGCCAGAUCAUUCCAUGGAACUUCCCCCUGGUCAUGCAGGGCUGGAAGCUUGCCCCGGCGCUUGCCACGGGCAACACUGUGGUCAUGAAGGUCGCAGAGCAGACCCCCCUCUCUGCCCUGUACUUGGCCUCCCUCAUCAAGGAAGCAGGUUUUCCCCCUGGGGUAGUGAAUAUCAUCACUGGCUACGGCCCCACAGCAGGAGCGGCCAUCGCCCAGCACAUGGAUGUUGACAAAGUGGCCUUCACCGGCUCCACUGAGGUGGGCCACCUGAUCCAGAAGGCGGCUGGCGAUUCCAACCUCAAGAGAGUUACCCUGGAACUGGGAGGGAAGAGCCCCAGCAUCGUGCUGGCCGACGCCGACAUGAGCCACGCCGUGGAGCAGUGCCACGAAGCCCUCUUCUUCAACAUGGGCCAGUGCUGCUGUGCGGGUUCCCGCACCUUCGUUGAGGAAUCCAUCUAUGAUGAGUUUCUGGAGAGAACCGUAGAGAAAGCUAAGCAGAGGAAAGUUGGGAAUCCCUUUGAGCUGGACACCCAGCAGGGGCCCCAGGUAGACAAAGACCAGUUUGAACGAAUCCUGGGUUACAUCCAGCUCGGCCAGAAGGAGGGGGCCAAGCUCCUCUGCGGCGGAGAGCGUUUUGGGGAGCGCGGUUUCUUCAUCAAGCCCACGGUCUUUGGUGGUGUGCAAGAUGACAUGAGGAUUGCCAAGGAGGAGAUCUUUGGGCCUGUGCAGCCCUUGUUCAAGUUCAAGAAGAUCCAGGAGGUGAUUGAGAGGGCCAACAAAACCAGGUAUGGUCUGGCUGCUGCUGUGUUCACCCGGGACCUGGACAAGGCUUUGUAUUUCUCUCAGGCCCUCCAGGCUGGGACGGUGUGGGUGAACACCUACAACAUUGUCACCUGCCACACGCCAUUCGGAGGCUUUAAGGAGUCUGGCAAUGGGAGGGAGCUGGGGGAGGAUGGGCUGAAAGCCUACACAGAGGUGAAGACAGUCACCAUUAAGGUUCCAGAGAAGAACUCUUAAGUGCAGCACCAUGAGAACCCACCUCCAGUCCAGGUGUGUUGCAGCCACCUAGACCACGGUUGCAUGGCCUCCUGGGAACAAAUAAAGGGGUUCUAAAAAGAAUCUCAAUAAGUAAAGCAAUUAAAAUCAGAGCUGCACUAGUUAAAGCAGGGGUGGGGGCUGAACCCAGAGUCCUGUCUACCCUUGACUCAACCUCCCUUUGGCCUUGAGUUACUUCCUUGCAACCAUGGGAGGCUCCAGAAGAUCAAUUAAAACCACUGAUCUGGACUGUGGAUUUUAGUUCUUCCUACUGGUCCAAGGACUUCCCAUUGCAUUAACCUGAUGGCUUAGUGGACAGACUCAACUCAGACCUGGGAUUGGACGGUAUUAGGAGUUUGGGGUGGAUAACCCUCUUCUGUUUCUCUUGACUUAACCUGAAAAUUGACAUAACCUAAAAAUCAAGGGUGUUUUCCUUUUCUAAAUACCAGUUGCUGACUGUUUUGCUCGCUUGUUCAUCAUUUUGCUACUGAUUUUCCUAAAUUUUAGAGAAGGGAUUAACAUUAUGUAUUUACAUAACCAAAUAAACAACCCAAAUGCCCAUUCGCUGGUGCGUGGAUAAACAAAAUAUUUCCAUGGACUAUUCCUUGUACUGUUCAACUCCAAAAAGAAAUGAAGUACCGUCACCUGCUACAACAUGGAUGAACCUUGAAACCGUUAUGGUCUUGUCUUGUAUGAUUCCAUUUAUUUGAAAUAUCCAGAAUAAGUAAGUCCAUAGAUGCAGGAAGUGUCUAUGGACAUGUUGCCAGGGUCUGGGGGAGGAGGGAAGUAGGUGUAACUGCUAACCAGUAUGGGAUUUCUUUGGGGGAUGUUUUGAAAUGUUCUGGAAUUGAAUAGCGGUGAUGGUUGCACAGAUUUGCUGGUAUACUAAAAAGUGUAUGAGUGAAGCACACACCUGAAAAGGAUGCAUUCUAUGCUUUGUGAAUUAAUUUUAAAUAAAUAAUUGUACACUGCUGUUUGCUGAUCAGUUUGUAUCAAGUAUCUUGCUUCUUAA